UCCCUAAUUCUUUCCCCUUGGCUGCCAUUAAUUGUAAUUCCACCAGUCGAUUCAGAUUGAUCCGUCCCAGAGGCAAAAAUUAUGACUAUCUCUGCCUGAGUACGGACACUGACGGCAGCAGCAGCAGCACCACCAGAGUUGCUAGGAUGAAUGGGCGCCCAGUUUUUCAACCAACUUGCAAUCCUGUUCCUGGCUACCGUGAAAUCCAUAACAGCACGAUUAAGAAACUAUCACCACCACAGCCACAUCCCAGUAGACCUGCAGAGGCAGAGGCAUCAUUCUCAUGCCUUCUUUGUUCGCGAUCACCUAAGCCUCAAGCCACAGAGGAGAAGGCCGUUAUUUUAGGAAGAGACGCGAGCUGUCCCUUACACAGGCAUAGAUCAAAAAGUUUUAAUGGAAGAGGCAGCAUGGAAGAUGGUGUUGGCUCUUUGGAAAGUUCCUCAUUGCUCUGUCCUUCUCUGAUGGUCCACAGUCCAGGAAGCAUAGCAACUGUAAGGAGGGAACUGAUGGCACUCCAACAGGCACAGCGUAAGAUGCGAAUUGCUCAUUACGGGAGAUCCAAGACCGCCAAGUUCAAUGGCAAGAUCGUUCCUCUUGAUUCAGUGACAAUCUCCAAGAUCUCAGAACAGGAAGCAAAGAGAUGCAGUUUCAUCACAGCCAACUCAGAUCCUCUGUACGUUGCUUAUCACGAUGAGGAAUGGGGACUGCCCGUCCAUGAUGACAGAUUACUGCUUGAGUUGCUUGUGCUCAGUGGCGCUCAGGUUGGUUCCGAUUGGACUUCAAUAUUAAGGCAACGUCAGGAUUUUAGCAAUGCAUUUUCAGGAUACAAUGUGGAAAUUUUAGCCACAUUUGCUGAUAAGCAGAUGCUGUCCAUUAGCUUGAAGUAUGGCAUUGACAUAGGCCGAGUUCGAGGUGUCGUGGAUAACUCUAUGAAGAUAAUCGAGAUAAAGAGGGAUUUUGGAUCGUUUGACAAGUACUUGUGGGGUUUCGUCAACUACAAACCGAUCUGCACACAAUACAAGUCCUGCCACAAGAUUCCAGUGAAGACAUCAAAGUCGGAGACUAUAAGCAGAGACAUGCAGCGAAGGGGCUUCAGAUUCGUCGGUCCAACUGUGAUCCACUCAUUCAUGCAAGCUGCUGGCCUAACCAAUGAUCAUUUGAUCACUUGUCAUCGGCACAUCGAACUCACCCGAUUGGCGAACCAUGCAGCCACUAUCCAGCCUAUCCGUUCAUCAGAACAGAAAGAUAACAAAAAUUGAUGCCAUGUGUGUAAUUUUAGUUUGAUUUACCGACAAAAGGACAGAACAGACGGAUAGAAGUAAAGAUUUGCCACUCGUGAGUUUUUCUUUUUUUUUGGUCCGAUGAGUGGAGUGUUUGAUACAUUAAGAGUAGGAGAUUAUGCAGGAGAAAGAAAGGCGAUGGAGAGGAGGCAGUGACAGAGAACAUGUGCACUGUCAUGUGUGGCCAUCUCACCUUUUGCAUUAUUUAGGUACUUUGGACUUGUUCGUAGAAUAACGGGGAGGAUGCGGAGGUAGGGCCUAUAGCUCUUUCGCUACUUAUCGCUUUGUUAAUGUGUUUUUGAGUGAGUUCUUGCUUUGGUCAUUCUUUAUAUAUAUAUAUAUAUAUUGUACAACCCCAACCUCCCUAUUCUACUCGAGGAUUAUUAUUUAAUGUGGAUUCCAGUUGGGUUGUGUUAUAUAGAGCCAGCUUCCCA